AUUUAUUUCUGUAUUUUUGAAAAAUAGUUAACAAAUUCUGCGUGUUUAAUUAUUUUUCGACUAUUUGACUAAUAAUAGUAAUAAAAAUUUCCAAUUAUUGAGAAGUAUCACUGCCAGGACCAAAAAUAAAGUUUGAUCUCGCGUAUCUCUAAUCGAAAGUCAUACAAAUUUAUAUUUUAUUUAACACUUAGCAAAUAAUUCUUUUUUUCUAUAUUUAUAUAGGAUGCAUUGCCAAAACGUUUUAUUGAAUGUUAUAUUGCUGAACAAAAUAUGGUACAAGUUGCUAUUGGAGUUGCAAGUCGUCAACGUUAUAUAACAUUUGUUCAUACAUUUGCAUGUUUUCUUUUACGUGCUGCUGAUCAAGUUCGUAUGGGUGGUAUAUCAUUUACACGUACUAAAUAUGUUGGUUCACAUGCUGGUGUAUCAAUCGGUGAAGAUGGUCCAUCACAAAUGGCACUUGAAGAUUUUGCUUUCUUUCGUACAAUUCCAAAUAUUGUUUGUUUUUAUCCAUCGGAUGCUGUUUCAGCUGAACGUGCUGUUGAAUUAGCAGCUAAUUAUGAUGGAGCUGUUUAUAUUCGUACAAGUCGACCAAAUUUUCCUAUAUUAUAUAAGAAUGAUGAAGUUUUUGAAAUUGGAAAAGCAAAAAUUGUUGUCGAAUCAUCAAAUGAUGUUUGCACAAUAGUUGCUGGUGGUGUUACACUACAUGAAGCAAUGAAAGCAGCAGAAAAACUUAAAGGUGUUGGUAAAGCUGUUCGUAUUAUUGAUCUUUUUACAAUUAAACCAAUUGAUCGUGAUACAAUUCUUAAAUCAGUCAAUGCAACACAUAAUCGACUUGUUGUUGUUGAAGAUCAUUAUCCAGAAGGUGGCCUUGGUGAAGCUGUUAUGGGAGCAUUAGCUGGUCAAACUAAUGUUAAAGUUAUUCAUUUAGCUGUAAAAGAAGUUCCACGUAGUGGUAAACCAGCUGAAUUAUUAAGCAAAUAUGGUAUUGAUGCUGAACAUAUUGCAAAUGCUGUCGAAAAACUUGUUUAG